AUGACAAUCAUCGGCGCCAUCGACAGCGUCAUCACGCGUCUUGCGGAUGCGGCCGACAACGUCCUCAUUCCGUACAAGAGCAUUGCCGUCGGACUGCUUGUCGCCCAGACUGCUUUUGAGCUGUACAUCAUCCGCCGCCAGCUGCCAUGCUACUCGCGCCCGCUCCCGCCCCCGGAGCUCAAGAACCACAUGACGGCGGAAAAGUACAAGAAGGCGCAGGCGUACUCGCGCGACAAGACUUACUACUCGAUCGCGCAGCACAUCUUCUCCUUCUUCCAGUCGCUCAUCUUCAUCAAGGGCGGAUACCUCUGGACGUGGAACUUUGCCGGCAAGAUCAUGGACGCAUUGGGGAUCAGCCGUAACCACAUGAUUACCUACACACUCAUUUGGACUGUUGUGACGACGCUUAUUUCGGGUGCGCUCUCGCUGCCGUGGUCGUACUACUACACCUUUGUGCUGGAGGAGAAGCACGGGUUCAACAAGCAGACGCCCAAGCUCUUCUUCAUGGACACGCUCAAGACGUACUCUCUGAUUGCCGUUCUGGGUCUUCCCGUUCUCGCUGGAUUCCUCAAGAUCUUCGACUGGGCGGGCAAGGCGUUUAUCCCGUGGCUGAUGCUGUUUGUGAUUGCGGUUCAGCUCGUGCUGCAGAUCAUCUUCCCUCUGUGGAUCCAGCCGCUGUUCAACAAGUUCACGCCGCUGCCCGAGGGCGAGGUGCGCAGCCGCGUCGAAGCGCUCGCGACCCGCCUCCACUUCCCCCUCAAGCACCUGUUCAUGAUUGACGGGUCGAAGCGCUCGUCCCACUCCAACGCGUACUUCUAUGGCCUGCCGUGGUCGAAGCAGAUCGUCAUCUACGACACGCUCAUGGACAAGAGCUCCCCGGCCGAGGUCGAGGCCGUUCUCGCCCACGAGCUCGGGCACUGGUACUACAGCCACCCGAUGCGGCUCAUGCUCAUCGCGCAAGCGCACCUGCUGUUUACGCUCGCUGUCUUCUCCGUGUUUAUCGGGAACAAGGCGCUGUUUGCGAGUUUCGGCUUCGACCCGGCGCUCGCCGUCGGACCCCCCCGCGCAGUCUGUAUUGGGUUCACGCUGUACCAGCUCCUGUUCGGCCCGAUCGACACGUUCGUCCAGUUCGCCAUGAACUCGCGCACGCGCAAGUACGAGUACCAGGCCGACGCCUUUGCGGUGCAGCUCGGCACCAAGGCCGACCUCAAGACCGCGCUCAUCAAGCUCCAUGUCGAGAACCUCUCGUCCCCGCACUCCGACAAGCUCUACUCCAUGUACCACCACUCGCACCCGACGCUGCCGGAGCGUCUCCGCGCCAUGGACGAGUACACGGGUGGGAACUGGCUCGAGCCCAAGGCGGCGCAUCCCGCGCGCCUCGCGACGACCGAGCAGAAGAAGGAGGAGGAGCGCGAACGCGAAAUCGAGGAGAAGAAGGAGCUCUAA